CUCACUCCCUACUUAUACCCCCCACCACCGCCCCUUCCAAUCUACCACGCUCAACACAUACUAAUCUAUACAUACAAAUUUUAUCUCUACACCACAAUCCUCCUUCAUUUUCAUCAAUGGCUCGCACCAAGCAAACUGCUCGCAAGUCCACUGGCGGCAAGGCGCCGAGGAAGCAGCUCGCCACCAAGGCCGCGAGGAAGUCCGCCCCCGCCACCGGCGGCGUGAAGAAGCCCCACCGCUUCCGCCCUGGGACCGUUGCGCUUCGUGAGAUCAGGAAGUACCAGAAGUCGACGGAGCUCCUGAUCCGCAAGCUGCCGUUCCAGCGCCUCGUGCGGGAAAUCGCGCAGGACUUCAAGACGGAUCUGAGGUUCCAGAGCUCUGCCGUGGCAGCGCUGCAGGAGGCAGCGGAGGCCUACCUGGUUGGGCUCUUCGAAGAUACCAACCUCUGCGCCAUUCACGCCAAGAGGGUGACCAUUAUGCCCAAGGACAUUCAGCUCGCUAGGAGGAUCAGGGGCGAGCGCGCUUAGGCUGAGUUGACUCGGGAUUUAAAUCGUCUUCUGGUUAGGUUUUGGAUGUGUUGGAUUUCGUUUAGGGGUAUUAGUGUAAAAACAUGUUUUCAGCGUUAGGGUUUCUAGUUUGUACACCUCUGGUGUAGUUUAUUAUCAAUUACUAUUUCAAUGAAAUCUAAUUUCAAUUUA